GGAGGUGACCGGAGAUGAAUACAAUGUAGAAAAGCGUGAUGGCAAGGCCGGUGCUUUCACCUGAUAUUUGGAUGCAGGCCUUGCCAGAACUACCACUGGCAAUAAAGUUUUUGGAGCCCUGAAGGGAGCUGUGGAUGGCGGUUUGUCUAUCCCUCACAGUACCAAGCGAUUCCAUGGUUAUGAUUCUGAAGGCAAGGAGUUUAAUGCAGAAGUACAUCGGAAGCACAUCAUGGGCCAGAACGUUGCAGAUUAUAUGCGUUACCUAAUGGAAGAAGAUGAAGAUGCUUACAAGAAGCAGUUCUCUCAGUACAUAAAGAACAGCGUGACUCCAGACAUGAUGGAGGAGAUGUACAAGAAAGCUCACGCAGCUAUACGGGAGAAUCCUGUGUAUGAGAAGAAGCCCAAGAAAGAAGUGAAGAAGAAGAGGUGGAAUCGUCCCAAAAUGUCCCUUGCCCAGAAGAAAGAUCGGGUAGCUCAAAAGAAGGCGAGCUUCCUAAGAGCUCAGGAGCGGGCUGCUGAGAGUUGAACCAGUUUUCUAUGAGGAUUUUCCAGAUAAAGACAAUAAACAUUGACCAAGCAGAAAAAAAAAAAAAAAAAAAAAA